AUGGUUCAUGAAGAUGGACGUGGACCAUCUCAAGCGGCGGGUUUGAUAGAAAAAAUUGAGAGCUUUAAAUUUGCUUUCAUUUUGAAGUUAAUGUUAAAGUUGUUUGGUAUCACAAACGAGCUUUCAAAAAUCUUGCAAAGAAAAGAUCUUAAUAUUGUGCUUGCCAUGGAAUUAAUUAAUGUCGUCAAAGAUCGGUUGGCCACAUUGAGAAAUAGCGAUUGGGAUAAUUUAUUUGUUGAUGUACAAGAAUUUUGUGUUGCUAAAGGUAUUCCAGUGCCAAAUAUGGAUGAAGAAAUACCGGUUCGGGGUCGUUCAAGACUAGAAGGGAGGACUGUCACUAAUCUUCACCAUUACCGGGCCGAGAUUUUCUAUGUUGCUAUUGACAAAAUAUGUGUUGAGAGGGAUCAUCGCUUUAGUGAAGGAAGUAACAUUGUGCUUGGUUGCUUCUCAUGUCUUGACCCCAAGAACUCUUUCUUCAAGUUUAAUGUUGAUAAGCUUGCUCGUCUUGCUGAUAUUUAUCAUGCAGACUUCUCUGUGAUGACCGUGGAACAAUAA